CGGUUUCGUCUGAAGAGCAAAACACGAAACAGUGAAGAAUGAAUGAAGGAGAGUUUCAGUUGCGAGUAUCUUGUCUAUGUCUAUGUUGUGACGUUUCAACUAUGGCCAAUACAUAGGAUAAUCGACAUUAUUGUGUUGGAAAAGUUUAAACAAUUUAUGUUUGGUGUUUGUUACUGUGAUUAAAGUUGUUUUGUAUCUUAUCAUUUGGGUGUUUCAUUGAUCAGUGUCCUGAUCCCUGAAGGUGGAUUAGUACCAUGGACAAGAAGAACGGAAAGCCUCCAAAAGAGAAAAAGAGGAACUCGGAGCGGCGCAAAGAGCGGUCACGAGACGCGGCGAGAUGUCGACGCAGCCGCGAAACGGAGAUCUUCACAGACCUGGCGCACGCCCUUCCCCUCCUCCCCACCACCAAUGCCUCCCACCUCGACAAGGCGUCCAUCAUGCGCCUGGCCAUCGCCUAUCUGCGCGUAAGAUCCAUCAUCAAACACAUUCCAGAAGAAGUUUCAAAAGAAGAAGGCGAUCCAGAAUCGUUAUACCUGAAAGCUCUGGAUGGUUUCUUGCUGGUCGUUUCUUCAGAGGGAGACAUCGUGUUCUUAUCAGAGAAUGUUACCAAUUAUCUAGGAUUGACUCAGAUGGAGUUGAUGGGACAAAGCAUUUACGAAGUGAGUCAUCCGUGUGACCACAGCGAAAUCAAAGAAAUAUUGGCGACCAAGAAAGAAUCCGCAUCCCUUCAGCAUUCAUUUCUGCUGCGUCUGAAGUGCACGCUAACUAGUAAAGGCAGGAAUGUCAAUCUCAAAUCAGCAUCAUACAAGGUGAUCCAGUGCACGGGCCACGUGUUGGGUGGCGAUGACUGCGGCAUAAAGAAGGAGACUGGUGAAGGGGUGGGGGGUCUGUGCUCGCAGCAAUGCCUGGUGGCCAUAGGGGAGCCCAUCCCACAUCCGGUUAACAUUGAGACACCGCUCGGCCAUCACACCUUCCUCAGCCAACACUCGCUCGACAUGAAGUUCUCCUAUGCUGAUGACAAAAUGGAAGAGUUUCUUGGCUACGAGUCGAAAGACUUGAUGGGAAAAUCAAUCUUCGACUACUUCCAUGCUCAAGACAGUCCUGCUGUUGAGAAAGCAUUCAAGUCAUUGUUCUCGAAGGGCCAAUCACAAACAGGGCGCUACAGGUUCUUGGCUCGCGGCGGUGGCUACGCGUGGAUCAUGACUCAGGCCACGCUCAUUCACGAGAAGACGCACAACAAACCACAGAGCGUCGUCUGCGUCAAUUACGUCAUCAGUGGAAUAGAGAAUCGCAAUGAGAUCUACUCAUGCACUCAGCAGCAGCAGCAGCAACAGCAGAAGCAGCAGCAGCAGCUUGUCAAGGUGGAGCUGAAACCGACGGCAGAGUCUAGGUGUGGACCCGUGUCGGUCACGGAGGCGGUCUUCCGCAAAGCAGCCACCAUCAAAACGGCCCCCGCUCCCGCCCCCAAGCCAGCGACCAUCCUGCCGCAAGUCAUACCCAUCACGCCUGACUCCAUCAGGAAGAAGGUCAUCCCCAUUCAAGUCAUCAAGACCCUCGAAGCUCAUCACAAACGAAAGCUAGCUGAUCAACUACCUCAGCCAUCGAAGAUUGCUAGGUCUGGACAACAAGACGAAGUUGACACGCUUAUUGACAGUCUGUCUAGAGCUAAACCAUUCCCUGGACCACAGCCGGCUACCCUGAAGGUUAUUGCUCCUGCUCCAAGCGGACCACAACCAGCCACACUCAAAGUGAUUGCUCCAGCUCCACAACCUGCAACCUUGAAGGUCAUUUCUCCAGCUCCAUUGGGGCCACAAUCAGCAACUCUGAAAGUCAUUUCUCCAGCUCCAACUGGUCCACAACCAGCAACUCUGAAAGUGAUUGCCCCAGCUCCCACUGGAUUGCAGCAGCAGGAUAGUUCCUCUGGACCUCAGCUGUCCACGUUGAAGGUCAUUGCUCCGGCCCCAACUGGACCGCAAACUGCUACCACCAAGACAUUCGUCCCAAAAACAAAGGAAAUGAACAAGGGAUACCUCUACAUCGAAGAUGAAUCCGGUAUCACAACUAAAGAUGAGCUAGACACAGAGGACCUAACACACCUGGCGCCGACGGCCGGCGACGUGUGCAUCCCUCUCAUUCCGAGCUCGAGCAUCUUCGCCGAUGUGCUCGACACGUUCAUGCUCAACGAGAACUAUGGCCCGCUGCUCAGCGACACCUCCAAGGAGAUAUCACCGGCCAGCUCGCCCUACUUCCACUACCGCGAUGACCUCUCUAACUCGGGAUCACAGUCUCCAGCUCUCACACAUAGCCCAGGCGGGUGCAGCCUUCCAUCACUGUGCAGCAUGGAGGACUCGCCGGCCCUGGAGAGCACACUGCUGGGUCUCGACAUCGUUGACAACUCGAGCGUCGACGCCGACGACUUCGCCGUCACGGCGCCCUACAUCCCCAUGUCCGAGGGCGAUGACCUGCCCCUACUCACCGGCGACUUCAUGUGGGGGUCGGGCCUCAACUCACCUACCAGCUCCAGUAGUUCCAGUAGUCGCAAUGGAUGGUCUUCGACAUCGACAUCACCAAGAGAAGACCGGAAACCAGACAGAGAUUCCAGUUUAGCCAAAUUACUACUCACAAAUUCGAAUCCAGCCGCUAGGUCCAGUCACAUGUCCGUCACCUGUAGAAAAGGAGGAGGAGGAGGUAUAGGUGGCGGAGGAGGUGACGGGUGCGGUGACAAGAGGGGGGGCAAACGAGCCGGCUGCCCGGAGCUUAGUCACAAUGGCGGAUCGGCAAAGCGGAGUCGGCAGCAGCCGUCGAUAGCGCGCCCGGGGGUCCUUGACGGCGGGGGGCGCACAAAUAGUGUGCUAAUGAACCUUUUAGACAGCGGAAGACGGCGGGCGAACGCAGACGGCGACGGCCGAACGCGGCUCAAGUCGCUGACGCUGCUAGAUCCGGAUGGCACUGUUCCCUCCCUCAUGGACCUCACAGAGCAGGACUACGCCGUCAACGCUCCCAGCAGCCUUCUGCUGCACGGCUCCGAUCUGCUCACUGCGCUCGAUGUGCCCAUGUAACGCCACACUCCUAUUGUUCUCUCCAGUGAGAUUCAAGUUCAACUGUCCGCAUUGCUUGAAUGGGAAGCUUAGAUGUUGUUGAUGUAUAACUGUCAGCAUCAAUGCUUCUCAAUCAACCAAUGAUAACAGUUUAACGAGAAUCUCUCACUGUAACAACAAGAAAGUGUAGUGCAUGGAAGCUGCCCAUAGUAAUUGUUGUCUACAGUUGAGGUGUAUAGAACAGAACCUUGGUGUAGUGUUAGUGUGAGUGAGUUCUCAAGCAGCCAGCAUGUGCUAGGCAUCAGCUACAGUAUGUGUCAUAUUUAGUGGUAAAGUGUUGUCUGCAAGUGUCUCAGGUUCAGAGUUGCGGUGGACUUCGUGUAGCCUUUGUAUUUGCGAUGGGUUUCCUCAGACGUGUUCUAGGUAGGCCUAUUAUAAUAGGAUUGCCUGAGGCUCCUGACAAAUGCAUCAGAAUAGUACUGAGAAGACCAAUAGCAAUUCGGAAGGGUCUUCCAGUAAUGCAUUAUUAUAGUUCACAGUAGGUCCAUUAUAAUAUAAGUUUUUUAUGAAUUUCAAGAAAUGAAGGACUACUGGAUAUAGUUUUCAAAUAAGGCCAGUUUUUUAAUGAGGAAUAGCUGUAAAUUAAUAUCCAACCAUGAAUAAAUAAAGUGUAUCACUCAACUAUAAAUUGAAUCCAUCAAUUGCCACAAAGUUAAUAUAUAUAAAUUGUGUUAACAAUAUUUUGUAAUAACAUCCUGGGUUUACGUUCUGCAUCUACAUGCUGGUAUAUAACUAGAACAAGUGUUUCCAUACAUUAUCAUCAACAAACAUCGACAUUUAUUAGUUUUCUGUACGCCCGCGCAGAAUUUAGCUAUCAUGACUGAUAGCAUUCCGUGAGGUAUCCGUAUACUUUGAAUUUUUGUAGACCGACAGCAACAGUUUUUAUUUAGAGGUAAUAUGAAAUAUUGAUGAUAACCAGUCAUAAAACUGUCCUUAUUUGAAAACAACCUGUUAUGGAAAUAGCCUUUUACUGGAGAUCACUAGUAUCUUAUCUCUUACAGGUCGAUGAUUGUUUUAUCGCAUGUAAUCAUUACAUGACAAUGCGGCGAAUGUAGCCACUACACAAUGUGAAGCUAGUUGUGUUUGAGCAUUGGUGAUCAUGUAUUCACCAAAUAGACUCGAUUCAUACAUACUGCUACCAAUUUUUAUACAGUGAAUCCAAGAUAUGUAUUAUUUCAUUUAGUCAACAUAAAACAUUCUGGAGAUCACGGUAUUUGUUGUUAUAUAGUUCAUAGGUACGAUUUAUAUAUUUGAGUUAGAAUAAAAAUAUUAUCAAUAGUAUAAAAAUUAAAAAAAUUAUAUACUAUACUGUAGUACUUAGUUGUAGCUUAUAAGCAGCAUUUUUAUUCUGAAUAUUGAUAUUUUGAGAAAACUGUGUGACUGAAUAUGUUGAAUGAUCAAUGGUAUUAUUUCAAAUGAAUUUUAUCCAUCUAGACUUACAUGAGUUGCAUUAUACUUGUUGAUCAGGUAAUUUUAUUAUCUGUGUGUAACUUUGCACGUUCCAAACUGUUGUGGAAUUGUUUUUCUUAAAAACCACAACAUAAUAGGCAUUUAUAUAAUUUUUGUACAAUUUGAAUCUACCUCAGGAAUUAUUUAAUUGAAAAAUCAAAUUUGGACAUUAUAUUAUUGAAUAAUAAAGAUGAAUUCAACUAAAAAGAAUAAUGAACUCAAGAGGAAAAUAAAAAAAUAAAUCAUUGUUGAGUGAUGUUCCACCUUCAUUGUAAUGUAUUUUAUACAGCACAGCUAACUACUGUUACGGUAAUCGAAACUGCCUUUUAAAAAAGUAAAACUCUAAAGCUCAAAUCUCACCGAGAGCUAGGCCGAAAUAAAGAACUACCAAUAAGGUAGGUACUAUAGUAAGCGAAAAAGAGAUAUUGUAGAACAUGCUCUUUUUCCCUGUCCGAGCUGGCUGCCCACUCUUGCGGCCCAACACUUGCUACGUGUAAUUUAGGCUUUUUGAUUGUUAAAAUCUCAUUCAUGCUUCCCUAAAUUGAGUGUGAUGUGAUAACUUUCAAGUUAUUUAUGUUUUAUGUCGUAAAAUUUUAAAAAUCGUUCUACGGAAAUUACAAUUAUCACUGUGUGACUGAAUAUGUUGUGAUGAUCAUUGAUAAUCUCUUAAAUGAAUCACAAAUAUAUAAAUCUGUAAUGAUAUUAAAUUUAAUUGUUAAUUAAAUUUUCUAAUAUUAUAAUUCUCAAGGCAAAAUAUCAGCCUUAUAAUUUUAUUUAUAGAUUAUACAAUCACCACCAUGAUAUUAUUUUUGAAAUGUGAGGAAAUCGUGAAAUGAAAUUACUUUGUAUCACCGAUAUUAUUAAUCUACUUUACUGCUAAAUACUGUAAUUGAAUAUAUAUUUUAAAACAUUAUUUGUUAUUGAAUUUUAUGAGUGUCAAGUAUUGUAUUUUGUCAUACAUAAUUUGGGAAAUGAUAUAAGUAAAUGGAGUUUAUUAAACUAAGUUGAUACUUUUAAUAAAAACUACAUAUUAAAA